AUGAGGAAGAGUUAUCCUUGCCACAAGUGCGGACACAGAUUCACACGCAAGAACAAUCUGUAUCAUCACCUUAAGUUCCAGUGCGGCCAGUUGCCGAGAUUCAAUUGUCCCUACUGCACGUAUCGAACGAAACACGCGUCCAACGUGAGAUCUCACGUGCGCAGGAUACAUCCGGAUCAGCAAGUCUACGUUCUACGUAAGAAAUAUCAAUGCAUUGAAAAGGUUUGUUAUUUUGGUCGUUUUGUUUUUAUUUGUCAUGCGAACGCGACAGAAGAUCUCACGAAUCCUUAUCCCGAUGUUUACGCUGAUUUUGACAAAAAAAUCAAUCCUUGCGUUAUUUGGCUGCCUGCUGUCUCAGAAAUCAAUCGCCGCUGGAUUCGCCAAAGUAUUCCUACGCACAAAAAAUAUUGCUGCACCAACAAUUGCGGGAGCGCUUUCACCCAUCGCGGUUCCCUCACGAGGCAUUUACGUUACGAGUGCCAGCAAGAACCGCGCUUCAAGUGCCCUUAUUGCAAUUGGUUUCGCUCAAGAUGGACAUCCGAUGUCUACAAGCACGUGCGCAAGUCUCAUAAAGGCUGCGCCGUGCAGUGCAUCGAUAUUGGCAUAAAUUAG